UAUCUUUCCACGUCCACUGCCUAGAAUCCUAGAUAGCCUCCUUCCUAGCUAUAUAUGUACAUCACCACUUUCAUUUUAUUCACACACAUUAUCAUAUACUACUGCUUAUAUAUAGUAUGUAAUAUAUUGAUCACUUCAAAUAAAUCAAAAGCCUCUCUCCCUCUACUUAUACUAUUUCUCACCAACCAUGUAUAGUGUUAAGGGGAUCAUUUCUUCUUCUUAUUCUUCUUCCAACAUUAUUGGGUACCCAAAGAUGUUGCUGGAGAUGGGUGUGGUGAUGAUGAUGGUGAUGAGCUCUUGCAUGUUUUGUGUUAAGGCUGGGAAUUUCAACGAAGACUUUGACUUGACUUGGGGGGGAAACCGGGCCAAGAGGUUUGAAAAGGGCCAGCUUCUGACCUUGUCCCUGGACAGAGUUUCUGGGUCGGGCUUUCAGUCCAAGAAGGAGUAUCUUUUUGGGCGGAUUGACAUGCAGCUCAAGCUUGUUGCCGGCAACUCUGCUGGCACCGUCACUGCCUACUAUUUAUCUUCAGAAGGAACAACACAUGAUGAAAUAGACUUUGAAUUCCUGGGAAAUGUGACUGGUCAACCUUACAUUCUCCACACAAACAUCUACGCUCAAGGGAAAGGUGGGAGGGAGCAACAAUUCUACCUCUGGUUUGAUCCAACCAAGAACUUCCACACCUACACUCUCAUCUGGAGGCCCCAAGACAUCAUCUUCAUGGUGGAUAACACUCCGAUAAGAGUGUUCAAGAAUGCAGAAUCAAUGGGAGUGCCGUUUCCGAAGAACCAGCCGAUGAAGAUUUACUCGAGCCUGUGGAACGCUGACGAUUGGGCCACGAGAGGGGGGCUAGUGAAGACAGA